CCUGCUUCUCUGCGCUGAGGACGUAGUGUUACAGAUAGCGCGUGAGCUGAAGAGGCUACGUUUCAACCAAGGCCCACUAUGUCAACCUUCUUCACGAACUUCUGACGCAUGAUAGCUUGCCGUUCAGUGUAUUCCAGCAUGGAGUACUGUUCUCGGGAAGUAGAGGGUUGUUCGUGCUGCUCACCAAACUGGUGACCACGGUAUCUGUGAAACCAGUUUGAAGGCUUGAAAAUUCAAGUGCACGGCAAAAGUAGACAGAAUGUUUGCUGAUCACAUAUGCCGUUUAGUGUUCAUCCUGCUACUAGCUGGCGGCUUCGUUGUUUGUUCAGGUACAAACUGUGGCUGUCCUCCAGCCUCCCUGCUCUCGACUGUAAGCUGCCAUGCAACGAAGAAGAAUUUUACGGCUGAAUACGCAUGCUUACCGUCCGCACACCCUGUCAGUGGCGACAAGACGCUAGUUUGCAGUGGUUCGAGCAAGUGGACAGGAACUCCAUUGGUUUGCCAAGAUGUAAACCCGGAGAAGACAACAUCGUGUCCAUCGGCGUCAUCUGGAGUCGUGGUCGUCAUUGUGUUCUUCGUUCUUGCCUUGGUAGCGUCUGUUGCAGCCAGUGCGUACCUCUACUGGCAGUUGCGCGCUGAGCGAGUAAGUAAUUCGACAAAGGGUCCAGCGGCGCAGGGACAACCGCGAGGCGAUGCCCAAGAGCACGGUUAUCAAAACCACGCUAGGUUUGUCGAGAGCACCCAAGGCAAGCUUCAAGGCCAGGGUCAAGACCGUGAAAGCGAUCACGACUCCGAGCUCUACUUGAACCACGAUAUCGUGGAUGACGGCGAUACUGGUGACGCGGAUAGCAUGGCCUAUGAGGAUUGUGGGCCGGAAGGACCUACUGUCUGCGACUAUAAGCCACGCGACGAACCAGGCAAGAGCUGCAACACCUUGCCGUACAUGACCGACAAGUCGAUGACCACUAAACAGCGCUCUGUGACCUUGGAUAGAUAUUCAGUCGGCGCACAACUACAAGUCGUGACACCCAGCCGAGAUCGCGCCCGCAGCACAGGGGCCAUACGUUCUUGUACCGACUUGCAAAGUGGAUAUUUCGAGAUCACUGGACCCACCGCUCCUCCACUGCCAGCUGCAAGUAGAGAAGAGAGACCCUCGUUCGCGGAUAGAGACAGCGGUUUUGGCGCUACACAGCAGGCAGCUGCACAAGAGGAUGAGCCCACGUACGUUAAUCGUGCAAUGGUGUAGUGAACAUCUUUGUCUGCACAACGUCCCAUGGCCCAGCGGAGCGAGGGUGCCUGCGCGAACACCCUCCUUGGACAUCGUAUGAAGCACAGCAUUUUGCGUAUUUUCGAUAUACCCAUUAUACAUAAUAUCUAUGCCAGCAAAUGUAAAUGUUCAGCAUUUCGACUUCCAGAAGUUUUGCGGCAAAUGGAUAGGCACGUCGAAGCAUUCUUUGAGCUUAAUCAGAAUUAAUUUUCUGUUUGUGAGAAAUUCGUGUAGAUCUAAAGGUAUUUUCGACUCAUUGCAUGUAGCGCGUAUGCAGGCUUUCACCAUCUGGUAUUUUUAGGCCACUACAGUAUGCGAGCAAGGCUUACAUUUGUUUCCAGUGCGCUAUGACCUAACUAGGCCAUAUCGAACAAAGGGAAUGCUGAACAAGAAGGAAAGUCUCCUGUUCUCUUUCUACUCUUAUUAUGCACAAGAUUCUAUUGUUUUCAAAGUAUAAAUUUAUAAGUGAUAUUACGUACGGUGAAGCACACCACUUGACUAAGUGCUAUUAAAUCAUCAUUGUUAGGUGCAUUGCAGCAUGUUACAGCAACCUUUCUUGCACAUUAUGCAUUUUGCAAUGUUUCGCAACUUUCGAGUGUAAUCCGCACCUUGCCUUCCAAACCCAACACUCUGAUCUGUUGAUCAAUCACCGUGCAGAAUCCCUUUUAAAGAAUAUAAAUCCAUAUCAGAUGUGUCUCUGCCUUGGAUUUGAUUCUCUUGUCACAUGUCGCAUCAGUGGCUGAUCGUGCGUUUCAUGAUUAGCUUUUCUGCGUUUCUAAGCGUAUGACACGUGAUUUUCCUUUACAAAAAUUCUUCGCAUCUGAAUGUAUGAUGUAGCAUCAAGAGUACAUACCCAAUGGUUAUGCACUCUUGCUACCAUGCCUGUCCAGCACGACAUGAGCAGGCUUACGAACAUUUUGCUGCAGGAAAGCCACCUUCGUUUGUACAAAUCGCGUGACUGUGAAGCCACCUUUACUUCUCACCUGCUCCAUAGUGCUGCUGUUCCUUUUGUUUUCAUUUUAGAGUCUGUUCUGUCUUGCAUGCAUAAGCUGUUUUUGAUACCGUGACGCCCGCUCCUUUCA